AUGGUGUUAUGCCAUGUCUUUAAAUCAUAAUAGAACACUUUUAGCUUCUGCUGCAAAUCAGGAUAUCAAAAUUUUUUAAUUUGCAGACGGAUUAAUAAAGAAGGUCCAAUAACUAAGAGGUCAUUCUUAUUUUAUCACAAUGCUCAAUAUAUUACAGAGUAGAUAACAUCUUAUUUCUAGUUCAGAAGAUUCUUCAAUUAUUAUAUGGUCAACAAGUCUAUUAUAAAUCCAAAAUAAUUAACUAAAUUGAAAGGACAUAAAUCAUAUAUUAAUUGUUUGGUUGUCCAUCCAAUAAAUGAAAAUCUAAUAGUUAGUGGAUCAGAUGAUAAGAAAAUCAAUUUUUGGUCUAAUUAUUAUUCAUCGACAUAAUUGGUUGAUCAUUCAGGUUAAAAAAAGUGGUUUUAUUCGCAUACUAUAUGA